GCUCUGGGCUCAUCAUGGCCCAGAGACUGAACUCAAGGCUAUGCACGUCCCGACUCCCGAGGAUCCCGACUGUGCUUCCAAUGCACUUUGAAAGGCUCAGCCGUCGACAGAACACAAUCAGGAAGCAAUGGAAGAGCAGUGGGAAACAGAUGCCAAGGAGGCCAACCAAGAGGCACUCAGACAAAUCCGGCGGCACGUGCCUGUCAAUGUUCGAGGACUCUCAGAGGCCGCCUUGAGUCGUAACCCAUCUCCCAACGGGAUGAAUCUGCCCAAAACAAUGGCAAAGAAAUUCAAACGAACCAAUGUGCUCAUGCUCCUUCGAGUCAAUCCAAGUGCUAUUGAAAGGAUGCAUCCCUCCUCACUGGAAAACAUUCGAGUGACAGGUCUCACUCUGACGGAACGGCGUGCCCUGCAUGCGCAUUUGCAGCCCCUGGGGAUCGCGUGGAGUCGGAAUAAGACCCUAGACGCGACGAUAGAGCGAAGAUGGAGUUGGUAUAGCAGGUUGAGGUCCAAUUUUCAGGAAUCUUUGGCCGUGUACAACCGUCACUUAACCCAGUAUGGGCCUCCCAAUGAUCAUCCCUAUGCAACCCGGGAAAAUCCCAGUGCGGGUUGUCCCUUGAUUGGGAAACAGUGCCCUGUUAGAGCUGACAAGGCGAUGGACUAUUCGGGUGACUAUGGCUGGACAGAAGAAGCGGAAUACGAAGAAUACGGGGGAGGCCAUGAUGUUGUCGGCAACCGCAAUGAUCCAAAGGCCAAAGCCAUGCAGCAACCGGAUCUCAAUGAUCCAAAUGCCAAAGCCAUGCAGCAGUUGGAGCUUUCCAAAGAAAGGAGGGCUAAUGAAAGAGCAGGCAUCCUGAAGAAACACUACAAAGGAGUCCUAUAUGUUGCAAAGGCCAAUGGUAGUUGUGAACAAAUGGAUGAAGCCGUGGACAGAAUGGAAAGAGCCCUGACAUCAUGGAUUAAAAGCAGCAUCACCAAAACGGAGUUCACCAAUGACGACACGGACAUGCAAGUUGCUUGCUUCACGAAUGCUCUGAAUGGUCUGAAGCUGGUUGUUUUGCAUUUGGCAGCAAGAUCUGGAAUGAAGACGCAUGGAAAGAGGAGUGCUGGAGAUGAUGGUCCUGACCGAAGAAGUGCUCUCGAGUGCGGCUUGGCAGAAGAAGUGUUCGAGUAUGCAGCAACGAUCUUUGCGUACAUCAAGGAUCGGAUGGAUGUGUUACAGGUGAAAGAUUCACGGGUUUCCAAAACAAUGGAGUUCUUAGAGGACUUGCUUGAUCAGCUGCAUGGCAGAAAUGUUACCUCUCUUGGGAGGCUUGGCGUGGAUAGACCAGAGAGGUCACGCAAGCCCAAAACAGUUUUAGAAAUACAGGAGGACAUUAAAAACGGGUUGAUCCAGCAGGAAGGUUCUUCGUCUCUUGAUGAUUCUUGGGUGGUGGUCUAGAGUGCCCUGUUCUGGAAGGCUUGCCAGGCAAAGGGUGCGAAAUAAAUGUCAAACAUCUUACUAGUAAUUGAUGACUUUAUCACCCAGCUUACUAGUAUUGGUCUUGAAAAUUAAGAUAUUGGUCUGCAACCACGCACCAGGUUUUUAUA